AUGACGAUCCAAAACGGGACCGGUGCCCGCAACGUCGUCCCGAGGUCUCCGGGCAGUCUCUACUCGUUCCACAACACCAUGGAAUCGGUGGCCUUUGUGGCGGUGCCCUUCCCGGCGCAGGGCCACCUGAACCAGCUCAUGCACCUCUCCCUGCUGGUCGCGUCGCGCGGGCUGUCCGUGCACUACGCCGCGCCCGCCGCGCACGUCCGGCAGGCGCAGUCGCGCGUGCACGGCUGGGACGCCAAGGCGCUCGCCUCCAUCCACUUCCACCACCCCGACGUCCCCACCUACGACUCCCCGCCGCCCGACCCGGCCGCCGCGUCUCCCUUCCCCAGCCACCUCAUGCCCAUGUGGGAGGCCUUCACCGCCGCCGCGCGCGCCCCUCUCGCCGUCCUUCUCCACCGCCUCUCGGCCACCCACCGUCGCGUGGUCGUCGUCCACGACAAGCUCAGCGCCUUCGCCGCCGUCGAGGCGGCGCGGCUGAGCAACGCCGAGGCCUUCGGGCUGCAGUGCGCGGCCAUCUCGUACAGCCUGACGCGGCUGCUGGACCGCGAACACAAGCUCCUGCGCGACCACGACCUCCAGCCCCUCGCCAUCGACGCGUGCACGACAAAGGAGUUCAUGGAGUACUUCUCCCGGGCGACGGGGGCCACCGGAGGCGUGCCCUCGUCCGGCCUGGUCAUGAACACGUGCCGCGCGCUUGAGGGCGAAUUCCUGGACGCCAUGGCCGAGCACCCGCGGUUCAAGGACAAGAAGCUCUUCGCGGUCGGGCCACUGAACCCGCUGCUGGACGCGACCGCCCAGACGCCGGCGGGGAAAACGCGGCACGAGUGCAUGGACUGGCUCGACGCGCAGCCGCCGGCAUCCGUGCUCUACGUGUCCUUCGGGACUACCACGUCUUUCCGGGCUGAGCAGGUCGCGGAGAUGGCUGCGGCGAUCAAGGGCAGCAAGCAGAGGUUCAUCUGGGUACUGCGCGACGCCGACCGGGCCGACAUAUUCGCAGACUCGGGCGGCGGCGAGACCCGCUACGAGAAGCUGCUGCCCGAGUUCACCAAAGAAACCGAGGGGACGGGGGUGGUGAUCACCGGGUGGGCGCCGCAGCUAGAGAUCCUGGCGCACGGCGCCACGGCGGCGUUCAUGAGCCACUGCGGCUGGAACUCAACCAUGGAGAGCCUCAGCCACGGCAAGCCCAUUCUCGCCUGGCCGAUGCACUCCGACCAGCCAUGGGACGCCGAGUUUCUCUGCAAGUACCUCAAGGUAGGCCUCCUCGUGAGGCCAUGGGAGAAACACGGCGAGGUUGUGCCGGCGGCUGCCAUCCAGGAGGUGAUCGAGGAGGCGAUGGUCUCGGACAACGGGAUGGCACUGCGGCGCCGGGCCAAGGUGCUCGGUGAGGCCGUCCGUGCCUCGGUAGCACACGGCGGCUCCUCCACCAAAGGCCUUGCUGACUUUGUUGCUCACAUCACGAGGUGA